UAUAGACUGCCAUUGAUAGUCUAUAUAUAUAGACUCCCAUAUCUAUAUAUUUUACAUUAUGGGAGUCUAUAUAUACAUCCAGAUAUUCACAAUAGAUUCUAUAUAUCCUCAGGUUGAGCAGUAAAUAGAACUCUUAAUUGUUUAAACUGCAGAUAGUUUGUUAGCUCGCCUUUCUCAGUUUCACACAGAAGACAUUUGACAGACUUCACUGUUGUGUGGGAUGUGAAAUAUUUUUUACAGCAUUUAAACCCCAGAGGGCAGCCCUGCUGCUCCCAGCUGGGGCAUUAAGUCAGUUCCAUCCAUGUCUGCUUGCUGCUUGGCUUGCAUUGCUUUCUGGAGUUUUAGUGCAGGGAAUACAAACCUUAAACUGCACAACUAGCUGUGGGCCAGAAACAGUUUAACGGGCAGGAGUCAGGUGUAUGCAAACUAGUGAUGUAAAUGUGCCUUUCUGUAAUUGUAAGAACUUAAUUUGUAAUCUUCAUCGCCAUUCACGUACUUGUUUUAAGCAGCUUCUUAUUUCUGUUGAUUUUUGGGGUCAGACCAAUUUCUCACUUAAGCAUUUACUUUCAGUAACACUUUCUCUGUAACGUUAAGGUCUUGGGCGACGGUAUCCAGCAUGGUCCGUGUCAGAUGUGGCCAUGGGAACGCAGUGCAAUCACAUCAGCCUUGUUUCUUGCAGCACGUGGUGUACGGACUUAGCCAUAUGCUUUCCUGGAACAAAUACAUAUAAACCCUUUCCUAAUUUAACUUUCUCCCACUGCAAAACCAGAUGGACAGCAUGAACAGUUUGUUGUGGCAACACAAGUAUUUCUCUUCCUGGUGGAGAACUUUGCUUAUCCACUGUAUUCUAUUCAGUGUGGUGUCAGAAGAAAAAAAAAAAAAGUAAGCACUGAACCAGUAACCUAUACUGCACCUGGCCUAGUAUUACAUUUUUAACCUUACUUGUAUAGCCUAUAUUUAUCUACUAGCUUGUGGGAGGGGAGGGAUAUCUCAUUUCAUUCAAGCCAAAUGUUUCUACUUAACUGCUGAUCGUAGUACAUGCUAACAGGCAAGAAUUUGUCUUGCUUGUGACUGCUCUGCACAGACUUCCAUAUUUUUCAUCAAAAUUUGUCUGAUCGAGGGUUACCCUUUUUUGUUAGUCACUGUUUAGCCAUGUACACAACUGGAGACGUGAUUCAUGUCAAAGAGAACUGCAGAAUGCCCAGCUCUCAGAACACUUGUGCUCCGGUGUGUUGCAUAUUGAGCAUUUCAGUGAGUGUGGCAUUAUGCAAAAUGCUACAGCAUUGACGGAGCUCUUUCUUGUUGCGUAGGCAGAAGGGAUUUUUCCAGGUGUGAACAGCUGUGUGAGACGAGAGUUUAAAGCUUGUGGGGAUCAAUGGAUGUGUUUCAGAAGCUGAAGACCAUUUACAAGGAUUUUGCUAAAGCAGUGGAAAGCAUAACAGUUGGUGUUCAACAGCCUCCCCCGUGUUUCAUUGCUGAUGUGUCUGUGUCUUACUGAUGAGGUAAUCGGCACCUUGAAAACUGAUUCCAAUGUGCUUUAGGAUAUCCUCAAGUACUGUAGUGCCAUAGUUGUAAUUGUUUACCAUUAAAAUUGUGUGUAAUUUUCAGUGGGGAUCACUGACUGUGCUCAUCUUGUGUGUUAUUGGAGCAUUUCCAGGAUGAAUGUGAAUUACAUCUUACUCACACAGUGUUUAUGGAAAACGUGCCAUUAAAGUGUCUCUUUUUCCUUAGGCAGUGAAACUUCUCUUGUCCUUCUGCAGGCUUUCAGAGUCUCAUUAGUGUUCAUCAGUUUGCCACCCUUGCUCAGAGAAAAACAGUUAAGAACAUUUCAGUGCUCUCACUGUUUAAUACCUCUAUCAGAACCAGAACCUUUAAACCCAAAGAGGACCCAGCUGUACCAGGUCUUGUCAUACAACAGCUGUUAUAAUUGGUCAGACCACAGUGUGUCCUCUGUGUGCUUCAGAAGACCACCCCCAGCAAUUGUAACUUCAUAAUUAGAGUUUGCUUGUUUGCUUGUGUUUUUCCUUAAAAUAAUAUUCUUGUGUUUAUUACAACUCUGGAGUAGCCUCAACUGUUUUAUCCUUUUCAAAAGUGAAAGUAAGUUCUAAAAACAAGGUAGGAAGAGACUGAGUUUGAAAAGCUAGUCUGAGAACACAGACCAAUUCCCAGCAUCAUGUCAUGUAAGCUGCAAUUCUCCAGUGACUGGCUUACCUGGUACGUGACAUCAUCUACUCUUGUCUAUAGCUUGAUAAAGUCCUGAUGCUACUGGCCAUAGCCAGUUUCUGGGCAGGGGAAGGAAGCAGGAUUACCCUUCUAACUUGAAGGAAAAUGCUUACUGACAAAGGAUAUGAAACCAAAAAGGCAGUCAAUAAGCACAACUUAGCAUUUACAGAAGAAAAUUACUAACUUGAAAGAACUGCACUGAGCCCACUAGUUGUUUUCUUUGAGCCCCUGUGGCCAAGGAGUAUGCAUUACUCAUGCCAUGAUCAGAAGUAACAAAACUGCUGCAGACUGCAAAUAGAUUUUUCUCUUGUUUGUCAGAGUUUAGUUACAAACUGACAUUUUGGAUCAAAAAAUAGAAGUUGAACUUCGGUUCCAUUUAACCCUCUCAUACUGAGACAAAUGCAAUUAAAAUAUAUAUGUACAUAAAAUUUGCCAGGUACAAAAAAGAUGCAUGAAAAAAAAAAUCCCUCAGGAGCUGUUUCGCUCUGCACACUUACAAAGGAGUUAAUAAUAUCACUGGACAGAUGGAUAUAAUCCAUCACACACUUUUUUUUCUUCACAAACACAGAAAGGCACAGGGCUGGUCAUUACUGCUUUUAAUUCCAACCCCCCAACCACCCCCCCAGCUGUUACUGGAAUUUUUUGAAUGAGCCUCUUGAAUUCCGGUGUGCUAAUCAUUGAACAGGAGGCAAAAGUGCAGCCUUAGAGUAAUGAAUGAAAAGGAAUAAAGUUACCAUAUGCUGUAAAAGCUAAGUUUGGGACACGAGAGGCUGGCAGAGCAUCUCCUCACAUCAGGACCACCCUCUGCCCCUUCCCAUUCAUUAACACAGCGCCAGCUCUUUGCUAAGUAACAGGCUUGCCUAAAAAUAAAUAAAAUAAAAAGAUCCCUUAUAAGGAAGCAUUCUGUGAAAGUCAACCCCUGCUGUUUUCUACAUGCCCAUUCCAUUCCCUUGAAGGAACAACAGUUUCAACACGCAUUGCCCUUAUCCCUUCUCCAUUCUUAACUUCUGCACCAGUUGUUGGCCAAAAAUAAACACCAUUCCACAACCAUAUAUGAGCAACAGCAUUCUGGUGUUCCCAACGCCUUCCAGCACUGCCAUCAUUCCAGUGCCAGCAGACUGUCAGCUCCUGAGCACGCUGCAAGGGCUAUGCACAUAACCCAGCUGAAUCGGGAAUGCCUCCUGCAUCUCUUUUCCUUUUUGGACAAAAACAGCAGGAAAAGUUUAGCAAAAACAUGUCAUAAAUUGCUAGAAGUGUUUCAAGAUCCUGUGCUUUGGUCUUUACUGAACUUUAAUUCUCCAGUGGAACUACAGAAGCGUAACUUCCUCCUGGGACCUGCUUUAAAAUACUUGUCCAUCUGCUGGUAUUCAGAGAGAGUCAAGGUGUGUAACAUUGAGGACUGGAUGAAAAACAAUUUCCAGAAAGACUUCUGUAGCAGGCAUGAGAACACUGUCACUGAUUUUUUACUAGAAGUUGGCAACAGAUGUCCCAACCUGCUAUCUCUGACCCUCUCAGGAUGCGGCCACGUUACAGAUGAUUGCCUUUUGCUUCUCCUCAAGAACUGCCCAAGCCUCAGGACACUCAAACUGGAAAACUGCGCGCGGAUCACUGACCAGACUCUGGAAGCAGCAAUCCUCUAUGGGGGAUCACUGCAAACACUGCACGUGGAUUUCUGCCGGAACAUAACACAGAGCGGGCUGCAGAGAGUUCAGGAAAAACGCCCCUCAGUAACACUGAGAGCAGAGAGAAGUGCUAACAUGAUUCCAGACAGUAAGCCGGAAAAAAAGUUGGUGGUUGAAAAAUUGGCCAGAAAAACGGCUCUGCUUUAAGUCAUAAGGAUGGUUGAUUUCCACUUACCUCUAGUGUGGCGCUACUUCAACUACCCGUAGGUAAUCUGCGCUCUGGUUUAAGUCCAAAUAAAUGGCUGAAUGCUUUGUAAAAGCUUCACUGGAAAAAGGCAUGAGUUUUCACACCUUUUAAAGGAAGAACACCUCUGCUUUUGCUGUUCCUUGAAACUGGAAAAAUCAUGUGUUUGUGUCACAUAAUGCAGCACUUAAUUAGUCAAGUCUAAAAAUGUGAAUUGGAGAAAAGCAACAACCAGAAGACCCUUCAAAUUUUCAUUAUGACAACACAGAUCAUUUUGGCAGUAAGGUACAAAAAGGAAUUUAACUAAGUCGUCAAACACAGUAAAACUUCACUUACCAGCAAUCAUGAACUUCACCAAGUCAAAAAAAAGGGUUAUAUCACAGAUACAAAUCACAUUUCCAGACCUGAACCAAUCAUUUGUUCACCUUUUCUCUGGAGAACGCUACUGCUCAGUAUCACAUUCUGCUCUUAUCAGUCCCCUCUAAGCAUGACAGACACCUGUACUGCUGCACUGCAGGGCAGGUGGCUGAGCCACCUCUAUUUACAUUUAGCAUUUAAUGCUUUAAGCAUUUUGUGUUCCAUACUGCGUUGAUCUGCAAAGGAACUGAACAAAAACACUGUCACACACCUGUUCCCACCUCCGAUACGCGUUUCUUAUCACUGCUACAGUCAAACGCAUUUCAUCCAGUGCAAAAAAGCAGAAGGGAAAUGAUGAUGCUUUGAAACAGCUCACAGCCUACCCUGCUGCAGCAAUUCUGUCAUUAGCAAGUUACGAGACUGAGCUGCAUGCAUUUUUUAUUGUAUGUGUAUGUGUGUAUGCCUAUAUAUAGUUAUAGAUGACUUAUACUACAGAAUGCAGAUACACACUGGUAAUAUUUACUUUUCUUUUUCUAUACAAACGUGUUUGCAUAUGUAAAAUACUCUUAAACUGGCAUAAACUUAUGAUUUUUUCAGACUGUCUCCAAUAGACAGCAGAACUGAGCCAGAGCAUUCUUUACCUUCAAAUGCAAUUAGGUCUGAGAAGCACUAUGCAAUAAGAGUGAACACAAUUCCACUCUGACUUUGAUGUCUGAGCAACUGAAAAAAAGCCAAACAGCAGAUUGAAAGGAAUGCGUGCACAAUGCCACGACAGUGAAAACAAACAGUUGGAUAAAAUAAAAAUAAGCAGUUAGUUUGAAUCAUGCUAAGAUAGAAUAUGCAAAGGACAAGGGUAAUUUAAAAAGGAAUUGCCUAACUGUUUAAUGAACAUCUGUAUUUACAAACAUCAGCAUCCCCUUUUACUUAAUUGCAAAUCGUCUCCAAAAAUACCCUCAUUAUCCAAGAGCCAAAACACACAGUCUGUGCAAAACUGAAUUCUCAGGUACAGUUCUAUUACCUUCUGUAUCUGACUGAACACGCGGGCAAAAUGAUGAAGGAUUAAUGACAUAAAGGAGGUUCAGUACACAGUAAUACAGUCCUUUCUGUAGUGCAUAUAUAUGUAAAUAUAUAUGUACAACACCUGGAAUUUAAUCCAAGAUAUGAAUAUAUUCCUCCACAACACAGUGAUGAGAUGCAGAAAUCUGUCUGAUUUGAAACAUGAAGCAGCAGGAAACUACACCUGCCUGACCUCAGAGCCCUGGUCCUCCGUCUCCCAGCACUGUUAAAGGGCCUGUCUGGCUGUUUCACGCUACAGCCUGGUUCUUGCUUGUUGCUGAAGAACCUUUUGCCUUCUUCAUGAGCCAACAGCAAGAAACAACUUCACCAGAUACAACCUGGAGCUGAAAUUCUUUACAAUUGUUUACUCAGCCCUUUGAGCACCAUCAGCUGGCACCAACACACCAGUUAGUCUUGGACAACUGGGAAGUUUCCCUGAUAAUCCCUGCUAACCUACAGCAAUCACAAGCAAUAGGAAUGUCUGUCUUCUUCUCCAGACUCAAACCAGUCAUGUACCAGGGGAGUUGAGGUUAAUGAAUUUUCUCCCCCGCCAUGAGGCCCCACAACACCCUUAUCAAGGGAUUCCAGUGAGAAGGAGGGGAAAUCAGGCCAGGGCAGCAGAGAAGCACACCCUUCUCUUCAGCCCGGUGACGUCGUGUUCCUGAGCACAGACAGCAUUUGCAGCUGGGCACAAUUUAUGGUUGUGGUACGGAGACCAAAGAGGAUCAUCUUCCACAGCACUUCCCUAAGACGCAAAUAAAAGUUUCUUUGUAAUAGUACAUUACUUCCCCAGCCAAGUACGAAUGUUACUGAAUACUGCUGAUUAUAACACAAUUACAGCUGCAGGAGAUACCAAACACAUGUGGUUUACUAAAAUCAAAGGCAGAUACUUGGAAUGUAUAUAAAAUCCACAGCUUCAACCACUGUCCUGCCACCUUCAUUUAUUGGCACUCUGUUUCUGAGUCACAGCGGCUGUGUAUUAUUACUGUCAACAAGGAAUACUUGGAAAAGUGUCCAAAUGAAAGUCAAGAAGGAAUCACGUACAACUUUAACUUGUAUUGAAGUACAUGGCAUAAACAGUGGUACACCUGAACCUCAAAGACAUGAACGCAGGGCACAGUCCUACCCAUCAGACAGUAGAAGAUAAAACAUUUCAGGGUGUUCCAAACAUCACAGCCUGACUAAACAUGGUAAUACUAUCAUUUCCUGAGACAAAACGAAGUACGAAGUCUAAAUAAACCAAUACACAAUUCACAAAUGCAUCCAAGCAACCAAUUCUCGAAUUUGCUUUAUUUUUCUCUGCAUAAGGAACCCUGCACAGGCAAUUCAAAUUAGAACAAAAUAAAUAUGUGAAUAUUCAUGUAAAACUGCCCUUGCUAAUGAACAAUUAUACACAAUGUACAACCCUUCAUGUCCACUGGGAGGGCUUACAAAUGUACUAUUCCCAACAAAAAUGCACCCAAAUGUCUCCAUGCAAACUUAUCAAAAGUGACCAAAAAAAGGAGAAAAAAAAAUUAUUGAUCAUACUUUUUUUUUCUUUUUUUUCUUUUUUACAAUCACAAAAAAAUAAAAACAUCUAAUUUUUUGUUACAUUUAGAGUAACUAAAAUGUGGCCACUGUUUAUUAACAUCUGCUUUUAUGCUCCUAAAACAUCUAUGGUUACCAUAAAAUUAUGUCAACAACAAAUUGGACUUAGGGCACUAUUUUCAGUAAAAGGAAGAUGAUUUUGUUCACAGAAUGUUAAUAAUCUGUGUCUGAGCCCUCUGCAUUGUCCACAUUCCGUGAGAGCAUAUAAUUGUCCAUAUCUAUAGACCUGCAAUUAUUGAUUGCAUAGCGCAAACGCUCUGCCAUGAUUAGUUGACUGGAGUAAGGUGGGAGCCUCAGUUGAAAGAAACAAGUCUGUGAGGUAGGCAAGCUGUCGUAAGGCUGUGGAAAUGGAUAAAAGGUGGGACACCGGUAAGUUUGAGAAUAAGAAGUAGAAAAUGCAGCAUAUCCAUAUUUCAUUGCUUCCAUCUUCCCUGCCUCUAUCAUCCAGCAUUUUCUCAGUUUACCUCAAUAUUUCUCUUAAGAAGCAGACUAGCAUCUCAUGUUUACAUCUCCUGUCUCCUCCUGAACGCUGUGACAAACUACUGUUGUAUCAACUGCUCUGACUUACUCAGCUCGGUAAGGAAACACAACUAUUGGAACUCUUGAUCGCAAUAUUUAGCAACCCACUGGAAGAUAACAAACAACAUUCAAAUUUAUGUACCGUACCAUGCCUUAACGUGAGGUGACGUGAAAGACACCUAACCAAAGAUGACAGUCCAACCACUGUUACCUUUGCCCAAAUAUUUGAUUCUUACAGUUAGAGAACGUGCUUUCACUGCCCAAAACAAUGACACAAUGCAAAAUGUAGGCAUCAUGUACACGAUGCACUUCAAGGAUACAUACUGUAAAACUCAGGCUUCAGAGUUUGUUAACGGUCAUAUGACAAACUUAUGGGAGUAAAAAUUAUCAAAUGAAAAAAGGAAAUGCAACAGAAAAUGACUGUGUACGAGUUACAACAGAAGAGGUUUGGUUUCCUCAUGCAAGAGCUUGUCUUGACCUCCAAUCACAGAAUUACAGUAAAUGCACCAAAUGAAUUCAUAUCCAAUUCAUGCAAUGAUCCAGCUCCUCCACUAUUAAGAUCCUUGGUUUUAAUACCUCAGAGAAUAUCCUACUCCACGUUUUCUCUGUAAAUGUACAAUUAUGGAAACCUGGCUCCUACUGCCAAUGCACAGAUUAAGCUAAAUAGGAAUAAUAAAUACAGAUAAUGUUAAAAAAAAAAGAAUAAAAAGAACAGCAUCUUACCCUAUCAACCUUCAUUAUUUGGAAUCGCUGAGAGAUAUCAGCUGUGUUGGCUGGUAAUCGAGAUCUUCCUGACACAAACCUCAUGAAAAGGACUCUCUCCUCAUUGGAAAAUUCUUCCAGGGUAUGCCAGAACCACUGCACGAGCUGAUGCUGCUCAUCAACUUCUCUGUAUCGCACAACUUUCUUCAGAACUUCAACUGAUAUUUCUGGCAUUCCACAGACCAUUUGCUCCAACUGCUUAGCAGUCAGAAGAGACAACAAGGGAACGGGAACAAUCCAAGACAUGCCUUCUCUUACAGCAGCCACCUAUUGCCCAAAACAGAAGAAACACUGGGAAUGCAAUUGUCUUACCUCUGUCACAUACUGUAACUUCCAAAUAAAUGCAGUGGCAACUUAUCUGCUGAGGAACAGGGUAAAAGGAGAGAACAUCUGCCAAAUACAUUUGCAUCCCCUGUAAGGUCUACUACAUCCUCUCUCAAAAUUCUGGAGAAUAUUAAAGGUACAAAACUGAAAUUAUUUUUAAUAGUAACUGCAAAUGACACAAUAUAGAAGAACUUACAAGUGCAAGUUUUCAGCACAAAUAAUAGUGAACCAAAAAGUGGUGCAGAUAUCAUACAUCUGAGCUGGAACAAAGUUGGUUUUUUUUUUCUAGAAGACAUGAUUUGGUUAACCUUGUUUAGAGAGUUAUCUUCCUAAUGCAGGUAGCAAUACCCUGCAUAUAUCUAUACAUGGAGUAAAAGGAAAAUAAUUUUCCUCACAAGUAAUCAGCAUAUUUCAUGCUUUUAUGGGCUUCACUACACAACUGACAAAAUACACAGAACUAUGAAAAUAGAUAAUGAAUACUUCUCAGAACAUUUAACGUUGUAUUUUUAGUUUCAGUGCUAAAGUAAAAGAGAAACAGUUUUAAAAACCAAUGUUUGUUCAUACUGUUUACUUCAGCUGGACUAUGUUGCUGUGAUAUCUAAUAAUACUGCACAGUAAGUAUAGUUGUGUGGAGUUUCCCAAGAGGGGAUGACAGAUGCAAUGGCACUAACCUAGUGAAAGAAUAGCACUUAUUUCUUUUGUCAAACAUGCAUUUGCUAAGAAAAGUAGGCCUAAAACAAGCAAACAAAAUAGAAAAGUGUGCAGGGGAAAAACAAUCCUUGGGGACCCAUCCGAGAUGCAGAAAACCAAGCUUUUCUUGUUCUCUGGAAUACGAAAUGGAAACUUACAUAAAUAAAAAAUGCUGUUCACGUUAACAGUGGAGAGGGUCACGAUAUGGUUCUUACCUGACGGUCCAUUUCAUGAAGUCUGUACUCAAUUGCCCUCUCCACAUAUUCUUUCCUGUUUGAAAAGGUAAGUGGGAUGCUGUUCCCUCCAGGGAUUAUGGGAACCAUUUUGCCAUCAGCGCUCUGGCCAACAAAAGAAUCUAAAGGAAUCAUCUGUUACACAAAACAGAAAAGCUUUGUUCAGCUUAAGUCACUCGAGUGAUGUAUGUUUAGUAUUUUACUAUCAGUCAUGCAGAUUAUACUCAGAUCACAAACAAUUCCAAAUGCAUAUUAAGUCCCUGUUAUCCCAAUAAAACAAACAGAAGUGUUAAGGUCAAUCUGCUAAAAGCAAUCACUUUCAUAACUUACCUCAUGGAAAUUUUCUUCAGUAAUCCCACUGUCUUCAAUGUGAAGAAUGCUGUUGAGGGUCUGCACAUAGAGCAGAUCUACCUCCUCCAAAUCCUCCAAGAUGAGUGGGAUACAACAAAGUUGCUUCCAGACCAUUGGAGCCAAAUGAAGAUCUAAUGGCUUUUUUGUACGAAUAGCUACACCCAUGAGAAUGCCCAAAAAUUUAAACUGCAUCAGAUGCUCAUCUAAACAUGCUGAGGGGUUAAAGAGAAACCUGAAAGAAAAGACAUCGAAGGCUACAGUAUAAUUUCUAUGCUGCUUCAUUAGAAGCAAAAGAUCAAGUAUUUCUAAGCACUGCACAGUAACUGCCAACACAAUUAUCAGCAACGGGUGAUCGCUACGACACACUGCAACAUUCCUGAUGCUAUGCUCAAUUCUGCAAGCCAGAAAGUUUGUGUUACAAACAUGCCCUCCCCUUCACGUCGAAGCAGCAUCGCAACUUGGAGGAAAGAAAAUACUAGGGGCAAUCAUGAAGUCUCAUCAUUUGGUAAAAAAAAAUAAAUAAAAUAGUAAACAGAAGUUAAUUUUCACCUACUGACACAUGAAGUAAAAAGAAGUUCUAGAUAACUUACCUAUCCCUAUUGUAGCCUACUUCAGCUGUGGCAUUUGGGGAAGGAAUAAGCAGGUCUACUACUCCAGUUUCAAGUUCCUUAAAAAACAAUAACAACAGCAAAAAAACAUUCUUACAUGGGAACAACUGGAAUAUUGUGACAUUAUAUAAUACAUUACAAGACAGAAUAUUGUACUACAGUGAUGAUAACUACUUAAAUAUUCCUGCGUAAUGCUUAAGGGAAAGAAACAAAAUGGGGUGAUUUUUAUUCAUAAAAUCAUGUUUAUUUAAAGACCUGCCUUUACAUCAGACUAUAAUGGUUGUUUUACUGUGACUGCGCUGCGAUGCAUUGCUGAUACUUGUUCUGGAAAUGAUCAGAAGCCCUAAACUCUACACCCUAUUGGUACUUUUUUGCAAGAACUAGAGAUGAAACAAA